GGUGUGGUUUUUUUCUUCUUCCAUCAGUGUUCGUACAGUAACAGGUCAUAAAGAUGGGGCAAGCCAACUGCAGCUGGAUCGGGCCUGAGAUCCCGCUGUCCUCAGAGAUGUUCCGUGCCAUCAAAAAUGAGCUGUGGCUCUUCCUCAUCCCGGCUGGACUGGCAGCCAUCUUGCUUGGACUAUUCCUCGAGGAAAUGGGCUUCAUUCUGCGACACAUUCAGUCCUCCAAACGCAAGCGUCUCUACCUGUGGAUAUUAGGGAUGUACCCGGUCUUUGCCUUCACUUCAUUGAUAGCUCUCUAUGUGCCGCGCUCCUCUUCCCUUUGCAACUUCGUCGCAUCACUGUACCACUCCAUCACCUUGCUGAAAUUCAUGGCACUGAUCACAGACUUCUUUGGAGGAAAGAGCAGGAUGUUGACUGCUCUGUCAGGAAAGAAAUUGUCCCCCGAUCCUUUCCCUUGCUGCUGUUGCUGCUGCCUCCCCAUGGUGGCCAUCAACAGCAGCAGCCAUAACUGGAUGAUGGCAGCAGUACUUCAGCUCUCCGUCAUCCGCAGCAUCCUGUUCUUUGUCACUUUGGUCCUGUGGACCGAUGAGCAAUACGAAUACGGAGAUGUGACUUCAGUCACCCUCAACCUCUAUGUCAAUGGGAUCAUCUGUGUGUCCACAUUCUUGUCCUUCUACGGCCAUUUAUUGUUUUACAAAGCGACAAAGAGUGCAUUACACGGCUUUGGACUGCGCUCCAAGUUCAUCUGUAUCGUGCUGGUUCUGAUUCUGUGCGGCCUGCAGAGUGGAAUACUUGAGACGAUGGGUGCUUUUGAAGUCAUCCCAUGUACACCGCCGUUCUCCGUACUUACCCGCUCGCAAUUGAUCUACCACUAUUGUGUGAUCGUGGAGAUGUUCUGCAUAGGGCUCUAUGCUCGCCAUACUUUCCGUAAGUUGGAGCCAAGCAUGGAAGAGGACGAGCCUGUGAGACACAGGAGAGAACAGAAAGCAGUUCAAACUGAGGAUGUUCAGACGUCCAGCCUUGCCUCUGGAUGUGACCUUUUCGGCGCCGCCAAUCACGGCUACAGCAGCGACAGUGAGGACAGCUUGUGCAAGAUUGAGCACACGCCCAUGGAUGUUUUUUCUUUUCCUCCGGUCAAACGGAAGCAGCCAGUUGAUCCUGGGCCUCUGCAACAUCUCACUUGCGCCACAGUCAGUGGUCAGGAGUUGCGAGAUGUCACUGUGGUUUGACUUUAUAUUUUGUGUAUCUAUGAUGUUUUUCAUCAACAAGUGAAGGAGCAACUAUACC